UAAAUCCAUGAAUUCGCUUUGGUUUAUAGCUGCAUCUGAUAUUUGACAAUUUGCUGAAGGAAAACACGAGUUUGUGAAAAUUUAAAUUUAUUUUACUCGCAUAAUAAGUGAAAGAGGUUGUUUCAGUUAUUAACUGAAAAUGGCCACAACUGACGAGAAAGUGGACGCUAAACCAAAUAUAUUGGUCACAGGAACGCCUGGUGCGGGGAAGAAAUAUCUGUGCCAAAGGAUAGCUGAUCAAUUAAAGAUGAAUUGGUUGGAUUGCUCCAAAAUUGCAAAGGAAAAUAAUUUUGUGGAAGAAUAUGAUGAUGAGUACGAUUGCCCUAUACUUGAUGAGGACAAGCUCAUGGACUAUAUGGAACCUUUCAUGCAGCAAGGUGGAAAUAUUGUGGAAUAUCAUGGCUGUGAUUUUUUCCCAGAGCGUUGGUUCCAUGCUGUUUUUGUUGUUACUUGCUCCAACACACUGCUAUUCGACAGGCUGAAGGAGCGCGGAUAUAAUGAAAAGAAGCUCAAGUCUAAUAUUGAAUGUGAAAUUUUUGGGACAGUGCUAGAAGAGGCUCGUGAUUCAUACAAACCAGAGAUUGUGUUUGAAUUAAAAGGCGAUACUAAGCUGGAUGCUGAACAAAGUCUAAAAACCAUUAAGAAUUGGUACAAAGCGUGGAAGCGAAAGUGAACUGUUGUAUUUGAACAUAAGUGUUUAUAGGGACUAGAUUAAGUAGAAAAUAACAAACAUAAAUACAAAAAUU